ACAUUCUGUGCUCUCUAUUACCUGGCAUUGUUCUUAGGUUCUGCCUUGCCUUGUUCUGCGAUGCCAGGUCUGGGAUUGUGUCGAACUUAGAGAAACGAACGUGAGGCACUGAUGAGAGAGUGGGUUUUACAUCUGCUGUGUAUGGUAACCGUGUUUAUGUGAUUCUGUCAUCAAGUGCUCUUGGUGUGCCUCUUCAAUUGGGACCUAAACUAAACAUCCCGAGUUUCAUCCACAACAGUUCCGUAGUAUUAUGAGAAUGUCCGUGAUUUGACACAAGGAGACAGAAUGGGUCGUCGCCUGGAGCUGCUGUACUUUGACACCACCUACUACCCGGUGGCUGCCUUCAGCUGUGCUUUCUUCCUCUACCUCUACAAAUAUGCCAGUCCCAAGUUGUCGUCCAAGUUCUGCGCUAAGUACAGUCUGCUCUCUGAACAGGAGCAGGUGGAGUGGAACAACAGGGUUGGCUCCACGGUGCACUCGGUGGUGAUCAGCUUCGUCUGCGCCUACACCAUGCUCUAUGAUGAUGAGAUUGCUGAGGAGCCCAUCUGGUGGGACUCCCCCGUGGUGAGGACGAGCUGUGCUGUCGUGGCAGGAUACAUGACCUCAGACGUGAUCGUUAUGAGCAUCCACUACAAGCAGAUAGGGGACGUGUUCUACGUCCUGCAUCACGGAGCUUCGAUUUAUGCCUAUUAUUAUGUGAUGACAUAUGGUGUUUUACCGUACUUUGCAAACUACCGUUUGGUAGCGGAAUUUUCUACUCCUUUUGUGAACCAGAGGUGGUUCCUCACCCAGCUUGGCUACGAGAGGACGAGCCAGGUUUUUGUCACCAACGGCGUGGCGAUGGCCGUCACGUUUUUCUCAGCACGUAUAGCUACAAUGCCCUCGUACUGGCACCGCGUGUUCCGCGUGUACAACACGCCCGCCUUCAACCGGCUGGGCUACAUACAGCUGUGUCUUAUCAUCCCCUGUCUCGUCCUCGAUGUCCUCAACAUUUACUGGUUUUACAAAAUUUGUGCAGGGGCGUAUAAAAUCUGCUCCAUGUUUUACGUCAGGGAUAAAGAUGUGAACGUUACAAAUGAUAAAAAAUUGUUACCGUCAACGCUUGACGGUACGUUUUACAACAAGCAAACGCUAAUACCGAGCCAUCCUGCGAGUCGUAAACAUAUCGACUGAGUGGGUCAAUAUGUGUGUGCGGUUUUUGCGUCGUAGAUGUAUUCCAAUCGUGCUUGCCAUGAUAGUGCAGCCUUGUUUCUGGCUUGGAGCGGUUGUCUCCCUUAGACAUUUUUACAGCUUUCACAAACUGUGUAUUUUGUAUUUUUGGGGGGAUUGUUGUUUUUACAUACGCUACUUUUUCUGAUUUAAUUUGAGGGAAAAGUCCACCACAUUGCUAAAUUAAGACAAUAUUCUAGUUUCUAUUUUAUUUCACACUCUGUCGAAUGUAUCAACCAAAGCUUUCUGCACUUUUCUGUUUAAAGAAAAGCACCGAGCUUUAUCAAAGAUUUCUACUUGUUUGACCUUGACACUGGUUCUUGAGGAGGACGGAGCAAAGUACAGCUGAUGGGUGAGUCUGGGGGACGGAGAGAGAC